AUUCCGAAGAGCUCUUGAAGGCAGCAGCAGCAGCUGAAACUCCGGUGGAAACAAACCACAACAGACAUGAACGACAGAAAUAGUCCGGUUACACUGAAAAUAAUCCUCAUAGGAAACUCCGGGGUGGGAAAAUCCUCCUUCAUGAACAGAUACGUGAAUCACCGCUUCACCAACAUGUACCGGGCCACGAUAGGGACCGACUUCCUCUCCAGAACAGUCAACAUAGAGGAAGACGCAGUCACCCUGCAGAUCUGGGACACAGCGGGCACGGAGAGGUUCCAGUCUCUGGGUACGCCUCUGUACAGAGGAGCUCACUGCUGCAUGCUGGUGUUUGAUGUCACAUCCCGAGCCAGUUUCUCUGCCCUGGUGGAGUGGAGGAAGGAGUUUCUGAUCCAGGGCGAGCCUCCGGACCCAUCCGGCUUCCCUUUCAUUGUACUGGGCAACAAGACUGACCUGAGCAACCGGGAGGUGUCUGGCAGGAAGGCCUUGCAGUGGUGUGAGGAAAUAGGAGCAGAAUACUUUGAAGGAAGCGCAAAAGAUGAUCUAGAUGUGGAAAAGCCAUUCUUGAGAGCAGCUCAGAGGGGCUUGCAACAGAUACAUUACUCCCUACAGUACAAAAAACACACAUUGGAAAAUACAGGACAUUUCCAGAUAACCUGCGAACAGCCGAGAGAAACUCGCAACACCUGUGAGUGCUGAGAGCAGCACUCGUCUCAGUGUGGGAGGAAAAGUUCAGAGAGACCUCGGCACUGCUGAUGAUGACCUAUCUAACGAGGGUGCAAAAUAGUGACCCAGCAAAGGUACUGUGGAAGGAAAGGACACAAUUGUAUACCACAUGGAGAGAGGAACAAACUCAUUAAAUGUUUUUUUUUCUUCUUUUUUUGAGAACCUUCAGCUUAUGGUCUAACUUAAGGCAUCACUACUAAAAUACACUGCUUUUGCAUGCAUGUCUAGUUUUGUUCAACAGACACACUGACACACACACAAAUUAUGAAUGCAUAUGAAGAGAAACUUCAUUUCUAGAAAGAAAUUGGGAGAAACCACAAACAGAAACCAAGGUGCCAGCUGGAGAAAAGGCAGCAAGCGAAAACCUUGGCUCUGAUCUUCCUGGCCGUUAACAUCACAACUGAAUCCGCCCUUACAAAGUAGAUAUACACUCACGUCUGGUCAGAAACCUCCUGCCUGUACAAAAAUCUUGUAUUGUAAU